AUGGAGUCGGAAAACCGAGGGCUCGACCUGGAGCAAGAGUUGACCUGUUCUAUCUGCGCAGAAGUGCUAUACCAACCGCUCACGCUCCUCGACUGCCUGCAUACCUUUUGCGGCUCCUGCUUGAAAGAGUGGUUCCAAUUCCAGCGCACCUCCUCGCGCAAUGCGCCGAACUCUCUCCCUCCGGGAACAACACCAUAUACCUGCCCUUCAUGCCGUGCUCUAGUGCGAGAUACACGGCACAAUGCUACCGUUACCACCCUCCUCGAGAUGUUCGUGGCUGCGAAUCCGGAGAAGGGGAGGACGUCUGAGGAGAAGGAGGGGUUGAAGCUUAAGUAUACGCCUGGGGAUAAUGUGCUACCGAAAGUGGACGCUAGGGAGAUGUCGUUGAGGGAGCGGAGGAUUCAGGAUGCGGAUCGGAGACUGAUGAAUGAAGUGCGAGAUCUGAGUCUGGUCGAGGUAGGCGUGGAGAGCGAAGCGGCCAGACGGGAACGUAGGAGGAGAGAGGAUGCUAGGAGACAGAGGGCACCUUCGAGCAGAGAUGCGAGUAGAGAUGGGAGGACUGCGGAGGAUAGAGAGAGGGAAAGAGAGCGCCGGCAGAGGAGGGAAGCUGAGGCGGAGCGCAGACGUGCAGAGUCAUUACAGGCUGGGUCGGAAUCUACAGAGGAGCGCAGGAGACGACAGAGCCAUGAAAGGCGGAGUACUGCUGCACGGCAGAUUGAACAUCAGUCUUCUUUACGGUCACUGAUCAGUUCCUCUGAUGUGGAUUCUCGCGAAAUGGAAGAAGAGAUCUUGCGCCAGAUCCGCGAGGAAGGGUUAUUGGACGGCAUAGAUUUGGAGAAUAUCGACGUCAGUCAAGAGGAUCAAAUCAGCGAGAGGAUAGCGGAAGCUUUUAGGAGGAGACAGAGCGAGAGGAGGAGACAAGGUGCGGAAAGGAGGAGUGCUACAAGUUCAAGAAGUCAAAGACCGGAGAACAGAUCCGCUCCUGAUUCUCGGGAGACUUCCGGAGAUGAUGGACCUAGAAGUUCCUCAAGGAGACGAAGAGCCCACUCCAGAUCAGCAAGUGCAGUGAGUACUGAACAUACGAGUCGACCACCUCAAUCUAUGAGUGCGGUACAAGCAGCACAUCUAGAGGUUCAAUCUGGUGACGAGGGAAGACACAGGCGAAGGCGAACUGGGAGCAGUAGCAGUCGACGAUCAACGACUACUCUAGUACCAGUUGCCGAGCCACAGGUCAGAACCGCAACUAGGUCGCAAUCAGACGCGAGUUCCCGGCCACAGUCUGUCCACUUGCCAGCUUCACGGCCUCUUGUUUCAGGUGCUUCCAGGAGUAGUACAGAUCCAUCAGUGCAGCAAGUCGCUGAAUUACCCGUUCUAGGGCAAACUGUUCCAGCGUCGCAAUCAACACCAAACUCAAGUCCAAGACUCUGCUCUAGUCUAAGAUUCGAAAACUCCUUACCUGCCGAAAGGAGAAAUCGCGCUCCUCCUACCGAGAUAUUUGUUCCCGCCUCAGAUCCUUCAGCUGCUUUGGUGGCUUCCCCAGAUCGGAGCUUAAUGCCAGCACCACUAUCUCCACGAGAUCCAUCACAUGCAAUGUCACUGUCUGACAAAGCUAAUGCCUUGCAAAGUGGUUCUCGGCCAAAUUCAUCUUCCUCAACUGGAUCCAGACCGCGGUCGCAAUUAUUUCCAGAACCUUCCUUGACAUGUUAUAGAUGUGCGAGGCCUCACAUCGAAUACGAGCUGCAUUAUAAUUGUGGUAUCUGUCGAAAUGGAGAGUACAACAUUUGCUUGGAAUGUUACCGAUCAGGUCUUGGAUGUUUGCAUUGGUUUGGGUUUGGUCAGUCGGCAUGGGAUAAGUGGCAAAUCAGGUCUCAAUCUGGACAACCGAUUGAGAGGCCGCACAUGCUAAUAGCAAGCCGAUAUAUUCCACCGAGGUCAACGCCGGGAGGAGCAGAAGGUCGGAAGACGCUCACAAACGAAGAUCCACAGAAACGACUUCAAAGUGGCAGCUUCUGUGCUAAUUGUCUAGCGUGGGCAAACGAGUGCUACUGGCUCUGUGGUAUUUGCAACGAAGGCGAUUGGGGCUUCUGCAAUCUUUGUGUUAAUCAAGGCAAAUCUUGCACUCAUCCCCUCUUACCCCUGACCUACAAACCUACUGAAUCGGUCGUUCCUCCUAUGUCACUAACGCACGAUCAGCAAACGCCUGUAUCUGCAUCUAUCCUGACUGGACCUGGUGUCAUGGAUCUCGGCAAUUUCAAACCUCUCACGUUCUUAACCAAAUGUGAUAUCUGUAGAUAUCCGAUCCAGCCAUCCCAGUCUCGCUACCAUUGCUUCUCCUGCAUCAGCCGUGUUCCUGGCACCUUCCCAGGCGACUACGACAUAUGUACAACUUGCUACUCCAAACUCGUUGUCACGUCUCGCCGCAUCAGUGCAGAGAAUGGCCACAAUGGCUGGCGCCGCUGUCUCCAAGGACACCGUAUGAUUGUUGUCGGGUUCGAAGAUAUCCACGGCGGCCAGCGGCGUGUCAUCGUCCAAGGUCUUGUCGGCGGAAGCGGACUGAACGAACAAGCCCUUGUGCCCAAAGACACGACCCAGGCUAGCGAUCUCCAGAAAUGGAGCUGGGGGCAUGGAACACAUACUAAGAACGACGAUACGCACGUUAAGCUCGUGACUAGCGACGUGAUAAAGAGCCCGCCUGUUAACUAUCCUGAUAUAGUACUUGACGCGACCUUCCCGCCUGAUGGAGGCGUAGGCAUGGUUUGCGUAGCGGAAUGGAGCUGGUACCCUGCUGCUGGCGCAGAUGAUGAGUUGAUGUUCCCGAAGGGGGCAGAGGUUAGGGAGUGUAGGAAUGUGAAUGAUGAUUGGUUUCACGGGACGUAUAUGGGGAAGAGAGGUCUUUUCCCGAGUCCGUAUGUGAGGGUUCUAGAUAGAGGGCCUGGGUAA